CUCAGCGUUUGUCACCGCACAUCGGAGUUGUUUUACUUUAAAAUGAUAGAGAAAUUAUAGCUUUUGCAACUCAGUCUCAUAAGGCAUUAGUGAGACCCAAUAGCACUGCCGACGCCACUUCACGCCAUGCAUUGUGAAGGUCCAUAUAUUCCUGUCGGAUGCAUUGGAAUCCCACAAGAUGAAAGCCAGAUCAGUAGACACGACUGGUCAACAUUAGAUCAUAGGGGAUGGCAAAGACUAGAGCGACAUGGCAGCACUAUCAACAGCAGCGACUGUGAGGCUAAGCUUGGCGAGCUGUGCCUCGAUCCCAGAAUACAGACGCCCCUCCUGACAGCUCCGAAGCUUCUUUCGCUCGCCCAGUUGUUUCAUGCUCAAUGGUGUCAGCUUGAAUUCUGCGUCAGUACGUUAGAUGAAGAGCUGGGAAUUAUCAGAGUGUAUCUGCUACCAGACGACGUUCAGCGACGUUCGAUAGACCGCACUGGUACAAAAUUGCAAAGGGAGAGGCUCAAGGUGCUUCGCUGCCUUGAUUAUUCACCAUGUGCUUGGAAAGCCAUUAAGAUACCAGAAGAGACUGGCCGUCCUGUCCUUGAAUGUCCCAACACUGAUGAAAAUGACAAAGACAUAUCUCUGCUACAGCUCUUCAAUACCAUUCCUUCACCCUAUCCAGACUUGGAUUCAAUCAACGAGCCAUAUACACUGGACGCAAUGUAUAAUCUCAUGGAGAGCAAGGUGCCAGGCCUCAAAACAGAGUUAUAUCUGUAUCAAAGACGAUCUGCAGCUUUGAUGCUGCAGAAGGAAGUGCAACCCGGCCAGACUCUCGACCCCAGACUAUUGCAUCUGAAAGACACACACGGCUCAUCUUGGUAUAUGGACCAUGUUACUGGUGCAGUUCUCUUGGGCCCACGGUAUUACGAUGCGGUUUCGGGUGGGAUUUUAGCAGAGGAAAUGGGCUCUGGCAAGACAAUAAUCUGUCUUGCGUUGAUACUUGCGACAAUGCAUUUGCCUACACAUCCACCUGAUUUUUAUAAAGAGGGUCAGCCACCAGUCAGACAGAGAAUCGCAUCCCUCGCUGAUAUGGCAGCCUCGUGCGCCACGCGCCAUGCCGUUCCCUGGAGAUCCUAUUUCGAAGUGUGGAAAGCGCGGCAUGGUUAUGAGUUUACUCAUUGUAACGACAUUCUCUCGAGAAAUCCUGGGCAUUAUUUUCUCCCCGUAAGAGGACCUCUACGUUCUGGACGGCGUUCUGCAGGCGUCACGGCCCCGCCACCUGAAAAAGUCUACCUAAGUCCGGCUUCAGUCGUGAUUGUUCCCGAUAACCUCCUUGCGCAAUGGAAACAGGAGAUACAAAAGCAUACUGAGGGAUUCAACGCAAUAGUGCUAAAAAGGGGCGACGAGCUUCCCUCGCACGAUGAGUUAUUAACAUGCGACAUAGUCCUGUUCUCUCAGUCUAGAUUUGAGAGCGUUGUGAAGCAGGACGGCGGGGUCAGCCGUUCCGUCUUGUCGUCCCUCCAUUUUAAGCGAUGUAUCGUGGAUGAGGGUCACAGGCUUGGUAACUCGCGAAUUCGCAAGAAGAGUAAUCUCUUAAUUGGCCUAGAGUCGAUGCAUUUCUCCUCUCGUUGGAUCGUUACAGGAACUCCUUCACAUGGUUUAUACGGAGUUGGGUCAUCUCAUGCCUCUACGGCGCCAUCUCAUACCAAUCACAGCAAUUCUUCGACCCAGAUGGAAAAACAAGAUCUUGAGCGGAUUGGGGCUAUUGCUGCCCUAUAUUUAAAAGCCCGUCCUUGGGCAAACAUCGAGAUCGAAAACGGUGAUACGGUGGCUGACUGGACUGAAUACUUAAUGCUCCCCAAGCAUCACCCCAAGGGUCAAGGUCGAUGGGAAAACGUGGAAUCUACGCUCAAUUCUCUCAUUAUUCGCCAUCGUAUGUCGGAAAUUGACACUCUUUUACCCUUUGUAAAUGAGAAAGUCGUGGUACUCGAAGGUUCGUUUCAGGAUCAGCUGUCAUUGAAUUUGUUCUCUAUGAUGAUAGUAUUCAACUCUGUCCAAUCGCAGCGAACGGAUAUGGAUUAUUUCUUUCAUCACAAGCAAAGAAAAGCCCUGCUACAAAUCGUACACAAUUUGAAGCAGGCAAGCUUUUUUGGAGGGUCUUUCUUUACUGCUGACGAAAUUGCUAAAUCAGUAGAAACCGCUGAAAAGUUUUUGGCAGAGCGGAAAUUUCCCAUCAGCCCGGAGGAUGAAUCGCUGCUUCAGCAAGCUAUCCAAUUUGGCAACCUAGCUAUGCAUAACAGACUCAGAAAUCUUACCAACCAAUUUCACGAAAUGGCAGUAUCGAUCACGGGCUUUCCCGGCAACGCUGGCGCAUCCUGGUCCCUUGAUGGUGUAGCCAUGGACGGUAGUAUCUGUACAUCUACCAGCAUGUUAUUAUCGCUUCAGAGUCUAGUAUAUAAAGCAGCGGGGAGUGAAGAGAAAUUUAACUCUCUUUUAAACGGCGAACUGAUCUCAGAAGGCGCGCUGGAACGCUCGAAACUUCUAGAUGCGGCAGCUCCUGAGAAAAGUUCAAAAUCAAAGGAGAAAUCCUCUAGUACACUUGCCGGCAAUACAAAAUUAGGUGAUGAUAGCCCGAAGAAGGUACGCUCCCAUGGUAUAAACGGAACUGAGCCGAAGACCCUCGCUGUCGAACCAUCCGCCGGUCAUCUGGAACAGACAAAGAUCACCGCGACUGUAUCCGCAAAACUCUCCUAUUUGGUAGACUGUCUGGGGAAAUAUCAAGAAGACGAGAAAAUAAUUGUUUUCUACGAGAAUGAAAACGUAGCAUGGUACUUAGCCAGCAUGCUUGACGUGCUUCAAAUUCAACAUUUAAUUUAUGCCAAAUCUUUGAGCACAGAGAGAAGAGCGCAAUAUGUUAAUACAUUCAAUCAUAACGAAAAGUUUAGAGUCCUCCUUAUGGAUAUAUCCCAAGCAGCGUUUGGUCUCGAUAUGCGAGAGGCAUCUCGAAUAUAUUUCAUCAAUCCAGUCUUGAAUCCGCAGGUAGAGGCACAAGCCAUAGGCCGAGUACGGCGAAUCAGCCAAAAGAAGCCGGUCUCUGUUGAAACGCUUGUGCUCAAGAACAGUUUGGACGAAGUCAUUCUCGAACGCAAGAAACAUAUGACUCAUGAAGAACAUCGUCGAGCUAAGUCCAUUUUAGAUGUCCGACCAAUAUAUAACUGGAUUAAAAAUGCAAGAGUUACUCCAAUGAGUUCGAGCGAAGACCACUAUACUUUACAGAUGGCCACGCUUCAAACUACACAACCUGUAUUUGGCAGAGGAUUCGGAGUUGCAGCACAUCCCGACGACGGUAUCAUUCUAGAUGAGAAACGUGCGCUAAAGAAUGAGCCACCAGGGCAUCAAAAGCCUCUCAUGGUGUCGAAUGUGUUGAAGAGAUCGUAUGAUAACGGACCAGGAAGGGGAGGUUUGACAAGGGAUGACGAAUGUGAUGCAGCAUCCCAGCUAGAGCCGGCAUCUCAGCCAAUUCGGCGGGUUCGCUUUGCAGUUGGCUGAAAUAGAAUAAGAGCGACGCAGCGAUGAACUCGGUCUGGCGACUAUACAUGAGAGCCGGCAUGCGCUGGAUUUAGGAUCGUGUGAAUAAGGAUAAGCUAGCUUUAUGCUAACACGGCAAAUUUAUAAUGACAUUGAUG